AUGGCGUGUUGUUUGAUGUACCGUGGAGAUGUUGUUCCUAAAGAUGUUAAUGCUGCUGUUGGUACUAUCAAGACUAAAAGAACUGUUCAGUUUGUUGACUGGUAUGAUCUACAAACUGGAACUAGUUGCUACUUGCCAGAGGUGGAUGUCAGAGGAAUUAUAGAUUUAGAAUCGAGUUGGACCAUGCUUUGUUCUGCACAGUGCCUCCCACCGACUGGAAUCGUGUCGGGAUCUCUUGUUCCCUGGGUCCUCUGGUCUAUAUGGAAAGCCCGCAACAAGUUUGUGUUCGAAGGACACUCUGCUUCCCCUGAACAUACUCUGUCUUCAGCUAUCGGGUUGGCUCGGGAGUGGAGUAACAACCAAGACAAACCUGCGUCGACUGCUGAUCGCCUCAGACUAAUCCAUAACCCCCCGUCCGACGCACCUAACUCCGUAGUGGUCAGAACAGAUGCAGCGUGGGAUAUACAAACGGAAAAGGCGGGACUGGGAUGGGCUAUAUUCACUGCAGAGGGAAUUCAACAACACCGGGAGGUUUCUUCUUUUGUUCAUUCUCCCCUCCUGGCGGAAGGAAUGGCGAUGCGGAAAGCGGUUAGUAGCUGCUCAGCACUGGAAAUUAGAACAGUCAGAUUUGAAUCUGAUUCUGUACAACUAAUCAAAGCUCUCAACUCUGGGAAAGCUGUCUUGGAGCUAUAUGGAGUCAUCUCUGACAUUUUAUCUUUGGUAGCUAACUUUGAAAAUGUAAGCUUUGCUUGGAUUCCUCGUGAGAGGAACUCCCUUGCAGACAACUUAGCCAAAAUGGCAUUGAGUGUAACAAACACGAUGGUAGUUGGGGAGUUUAAUGAUCCCAUCUAA